AAUCCCAAAUUGGCACCUGUUCCUAAUAAUUCAUAUGCAACGUAUUUUCAAUAUUUAUAUUCCAACUUAAAUGUAUACAAACUGAUUCUCUUUCCAUCAAUUAAUUUCUAAGUAAGACACAUCUAGUCUCAAGUAUUAAAUGGCAUUGGCAUACGUAUACAACACGCACGCGAAUUUAUUACAUAAUAUCUCUUCUAACAACGUCAUCAGUCAGCAGCUCCUCUACAUGCAACGACACAACACAACAAUCAAAUACAUUGUGCAGAUAAAUUUGCAACUAAUGUUGGUACGCGUGAGUGUGCGACACCGUUAUAACCACUCACUUUACGUUUACGACAUCGAUACCCACACAUACACGUGUAUACAGCCAUAUACCAUUGAGUGUCGAGAUGUCAAGAGAGUUGGAACUCCGUCAAAGACGCCUACAUCGACCGCAUAUAGGCGCAUAUCGUUUGAUCGCGCUACUAAACCGCGACUUUUCUUCGGGCGUUGUAAACACGUGUUGACUAGGCAGUGGUGAAAAGCGUGGAAACUUUAUACAUGAGCGCAAACAGAUGCGCUAGUGCGCCACUCGACUUUGAUCAAACCAGUUUGUAAGGAGAAAAAACAAAUAUCGCGAGCUCUGUUGUUCACCGGCGAAAUGUCAACUGCCAAGGAUUUUAAAUUAGAGCUGGUGCAAGUUCUUUUCAGGCAUGGCGCGAGGACGUGCAGCGAGUCGGAGGCCAAGCUCCCGAUGCCCGCCUACGUCGACCAAGAGCUACACCGAGCCCUCGGCUACGGGCAGCUGACCAAUGUGGGCAAAGCUCAGGCGUACGAGCUCGGGCGAGCGCUGCGCGAGCGCUACGACGGGUUCUUGGGCCCGAGGUACCGGCCCGAGGAGCUGCACGCCCGCAGCACCGACUACGAUAGGACGAAAAUGACCCUACAGCUGGUCCUAGCUGGACUGUACCCGCUCCGAGCCGAGCAAAACUGGAGCGCGGACCUCGCUUGGAUGCCCAUUCCUUUUCAUUACGCCCCGCGCGAGCUCGACGUGCUCCUCCAGUCGUCCGAGAAGCCGAGGUACAAGAGGCUGUUGCACGAUUUGCUGAAAUCGCCGGGACUGAGGGAACAGGUGGCGGAGCUCAUGAAGUUCAGCGAGUUUUUCGAGUCCAAGGGGAUCGUCGCCAUAAAGGAGUACGCGUUUGUGGCCUGCCUCGGGAUAUUCAACGUAUUGAACGUUCACAAAUCGGCCGGAGCGAGGCUGCCGGAUUGGUACACGGAGGAUCUGUUUGCGCAGCUGCUGGAAAAAGUCAUCGAGUACUUCGACAUCAAGAGCGCGACCGGCGAAUUGAUGAAACUCGGGGCUGGUCCUCUGAUCAAACAAUUCGUCCGUAACAUGAAUUUGACCGGCGAAUCGAGCAAUCCCCGGAAAAUUUACCUGUACAGCGGCCACGAGAUGAAUAUCGCGCCGUUCACGAGAGCCCAUGGAAUACGGGAGUUCAGGUACCCUGAUUUCGCCAAUGCCGUCGUACUGGAGAAGUUGAGGGACUCCGAGAACAAGAUUUACGUCAGGAUGCUGUGCUGGACCGGACAGGGUGGAUUCACCCCGUUGAAACUAGGGAGUUUCGACGAGUACUGUCCAGUCAACGAGUAUUUGACAAUUAUCGAAAACAUCAUUCCGACCGACGAGGAGGUGGACGCCAUGUUCAACGACCGAAAACUCGAGCUCAAAGAAAUAUUCGUGUCCGACUUUGCCUUCAGGCCAAAGUACAAGCAAUGACGUUUUCCACUGCCGUCUAUAGAUCCACCCAUAUAGGUAACACAUGUUGUAUAUUUUUGUACAAAUAAUCCAAAGUAUUAAACACGUAAAAUACGUAUGUAAUAUUAUACUGUAAAAACAUAUUAGUUAUUUCAAUAAAAACUCACGCGUAGCCUCAA